AUAUAUCUCAAAAAAUGAAGUUCUUUGCUGCUACUCUUGUCUUAUUCUUCUGUCUCAUUGCCAAUACAUUUGCCAAGUUGUAUGUCACUCUUCCUGAUAAAGAUUCUGUCUGGGUCUCUGGCUCUAAAGGCUUAGUGCAAUGGUCUUCUUCUGCUUCUGAAUUUGGUGUUGACUGUACCAUUGAACUCAUUAAUGUUCACAACGAAAACGUUGCUCUUGUUCUUUCCGCUAACAGAAGUGUACCUUGUUCUGUCAAUGUUUUUACCACUGAUACCUUGCCUUUCUUCCAAGGUGAAGAUUACAUGCUCCGUAUCGGCAAGAAGAACGACUCUUCUUCUUGGUCAUAUACCCAAGAUUUCAAGAUCUAUGCUAAUCCUGCCCAACACAAGCCUCACUAUUAAUCUUACUCUAAUGAAAUAAACCUACCUCAUUAAUUCCUUGAAUGUUUCAUUUUUUUGGUUAGUAUGAGUGAUUUAAAAAGAGUAUACUUCCUUUUCUGGUUAUUUUUCUUUUUACAUAACUUGUUUAGAUUAUGAAAUGAAAUAGAA